AUGACUUACUACCCAAUUCAAAUCGACUCAUUAUCCCCAAGGGAACAAGUUAUUGAUGCCAUCAAUCGUUUAUACAUUGGCCUAGACGAUGUUAACAUGGAUCUUGUGGAAUCUGCUAUUGUCCAUUCAGAAGAGGUAUCUAUUAAAAUGGGCGACAAGGUUACAAAAGGUUGGGGAAACUUGAGGGAACAUUUACUCAAGAAUGUUAUACCAGUUUCAACAACUCAUCAGCUCACAAAUUUCAGAGUGAUUUUUGAUAGUGAAACUUCAGCUCGUCUUACAGCACACUGUGUUGCUCAUCAUUUAAAUGAAGAAAAGGGGUAUAAUGCCGUCGGCGGGUUGUUUGAGGUUGACCUUGUUUAUGAGGAAGCUGAUGAUUUAUGGAAGAUCCUUCAUUUAACAAUGAAAAUAAAAUGGAAUAAUUGA